AUGGCCUGGGUCAGGGCUUUCCAACCUAGAGUAGAGAAGCCCACAAUUUGUGAGAACCAUCUCCAGAAGGUGGGAUUGGAGGAGGGAGGCCAUGAGGAUCGCAGCCUGGUAUUUGCUGAGUUAACUCCAGCAGAGAUGAUCCAGGUGAAGAGAGGAGAGAAGCCCACAAUUUGUGAGAACCAUCUCCAGAAGGUGGGAUUGGAGGAGGGAGGCCAUGAGGAUCACAGCCUGGUAUUUGCUGAGUUAACUCCAGCAGAGAUGAUCCAAGUGAAGAGGUACUUGCAACACAACUUGGGGGUGCCGCUAGUAGAUCCUCCUGAAGCCAAGCCAUCUGACAACUGCAUUUUUUCGAUCACCCUUCAGCUUCCUCCCAAAGCAGAGGUGUUGAAAUACCUGGACCAUCAAGGGCCCAGGCCUAUCCGACAAGCUCUGGCUGUGCUUUAUUUUGGAAACCAAAAGGACCCAAACAUCACUGAGUUUGUGGUGGCUCUACUUCCAAAGCCAAUGCACCACCAAGAUGUUACAGUACAAAAGUAUGGAGGAAAGUUGCAGUACUAUCGAAGGUUUCCUUUGCGUAAAGAGUUUGAUGAAAUUCAUACUUUUCUGAAGGAGAAGGAAUAUCCCAAGGCUCCAAACUUUAUGCACAAGGUACUUGAUUACAAUGGAAGCAACUGGGCAUACACUUAUGGGUUGCCACCAGGGCUGAAAUCAGGGGACCGCAAAAUUUGGUUGAAUCAUUUCCAGAAUGUCCUCGGCUUUUAUCUGCAUCCGGUUGGAUUUGAAGUCCAGGUGGAUCUUAGCAGUCUGGAUAUUUCUCAUUGGAAAGUGCUUAAUGUGUUCUAUAAUGGACAGUACUUUGAGGACAUGGAAGGCAUUGAGAGAGAAUUUAAUGCGGGGCAUGUUAAAGUAGCCAAGGUCAAAAAGGCUCCUCUUGAUGGGGGAUACUCCUCACUGAAGCCGAGGGUGCCACAUGAGGGACCAGGCCCAUUGCACUAUGCACCUCGUGGACCACGCUAUAGCAUCAGGAAUAACCAAGUUGCUUUCAUGUCAUGGAGUUUUGCCUUUGGCUUGGAUGGAAACAGAGGGCCACGUGUCUUUGACAUCAGGUUUAAGGGAGAGAGGAUAGUCUAUGAGUUAAGCUUGCAAGAUGCAGGUGCCAUCUAUGGUUCCAACAGUGCAGCAUCAAUGCUGACUAGAUACAUGGACUUAAGCUUUGGCCUUGGAUAUAGAUCCUUGGCACUCACCCAGGGUGUGGAUUGUCCUUACUUAGCUACUUAUUUAGACAGUCACUACUUCAUUGAUUCCUCAUUACCUGCUGUCCGGAAAAACUCUAUCUGCAUCUUUGAGCAGAAUGCUGAGGUCCCUGUGCGGCGCCAUUAUGACAAUGGACGGGCUCCAUUCUAUGGAGGCUUGGUUGAUUCAUCUCUGGUCUUCAGGUCCAUAUCUACAGUUGAUAACUAUGACUACAUUUGGGACUUUAUUUUUCACCAAAAUGGAGCUGUUGGUAUCAGGGUCUUUGCCAGCGGAUACAUUACAUCUGCUUUGUACUUUGGUGAUGCUGCAGAAUUUGGCAACCGAGUUGAACAGUGGUUGCUGGGAACCAUUCACACGCAUAACGUUAACUUCAAGGUGGAUAUGGACAUUGGUGGCUCUGUACAGAACUCCAACCUGCUUUGGAGGCAAAUUCAAAGUUCUGGAUUUGGCCCCAAUCUCCUUCUCACUGAUUCGAAGUUGUUCUGA